UAUUUACAGGCCAUCUGGUAUUAUAACCAAUAAUUUGCUGCAUGGCAUGCAUGUGUCGGCCAUCCCCCACCCACGUGCAUUGCAUUUCUUAAUAGCAUUUGACGAUGAUUAAUUUUUUGCAUCUGUCAGACUGUCACUCCAUAGAUACUAUAUAUGGUCACUCCUAUCCUGGUGUGACAGUUGUCUCCGCUUCCUUUCCAAGUGACUGUGUUAGCCCUUUUGUUCUUUCUAUAUUCAGUAUCACUGGUGAUUCAUCCGCUGAUGAUAGCUGUAUUAAAGGUCAUUAUAGUCUCCUGUCUUUUGGCCGGGUUGCCCCUCGGUUCACUUGCUCUUUUUGAGAAUGUCUUUUCCACGGGUCAUUAUGCAAUUGACAGGGACUUGUGGCUGGUAGCCAUUACUGGACAGUUAGUUGUGUACAUGGCAGCGUAUGCAUAUAAGAGUCUUUGUCAUCAUGUCAAAGAGAAGAGAAAAGAAGAAAGACCCAAACAAACAACCAAUGUGUACGACAUGGACUACCAUAGGAUGUGCAAGAGCCAGACCCAUUUGUGGAAAGAUUAUGAAGCUACUAAAAGGGCCAAUAACGAAUUAAUAGAAGAAAACAGAAAAUUAAGAAAAGAGAAAGAGGAUAAAGAUCUUGCUUUAGAUAAGAUGGCAAAGAAGGUACACGAUUUGAAAAAGGAGCUACACAUUAAGGAUGAAAGACUCAAGCAUGGGAAGCAAGUUAUUCGAGCUAAUAGUGAAAAUAGGCUGAAGGAAGAAGCGAUUCUUAAUCAAACCAUUUUGAGUAGUGAGGAAGAGAUUCAAGAGCUCAAGCACAAGCUGCAUGAAGCCAACAAUGAGUCAUUGUCAAUGAAUCGUCAGUUAAUCAGCAACAAAGGAGAGCUUCAACAGCUGUCAGAUUCACUCACGGAACGUGACAAAAUGUUAAUAUUUUUACAAGAUGAUUUGAGCACCAAAUACUCAGAACUGAGCCAGCUGCAAGAAGAUCUCACUGCUAGUAAGGACGAAGUUGCUUUUUUAGCUGAAACUUUAAACAGUAAAGAACAUCAAAUAUGGCAACAUGAAGAGGCACUUAAAAUUGUAAUAGCAUACGUCAUUUCAGGUUUGGAUCAUCUCUUCGUGAUACACAAUGAUUCUUUGGAACAAAGUGUUGAUGAGACUUCAAAUUUGAUUCAUGAGACAUGUCACUUGCCAAGUCCAACAGAGUCAGGUGUAUGCCUCCCUACUCCAGAAGAAGAUUUUCCUAGAAAUGACAUUACCGACCUGUCUGAUGUUGAAGAGGCCUAUCCUCCUGAUCAUCAUUAUAAUGCUCAGUACACUCAUCAUGCUUUAGUGACAAACAACCUCUUCAUUGAUGAGUGGAACUAUUAUUAUUAUAUUCCAAUGGAAGCAACCAGCUAUUAUUCUCAAGUAUCCACUGAUAUACCUCCUAUGGACUUUAUACCAUAUAGCUUGGAAAUUUCAAAUUAUCAUGAUCGAUUAGUUGUGUCUCCUUUAUUUCUUCCAUUCCCUCCUCCUGCACCUGUCACUGAGCUUCACUUGAUCUCGACAUAGCUAGGCAACUUUCAACUUGUGGUCAGAGCUUUUGUGUCGUUAGUUGCAACAUGUUUUGUAUGAAGUAGAGAGACUCUCAACUUUGAGCAGCAACAAGUUACCUGAUGGCAUCAAAAGCUCUGGUGACAAAGUUACCUAGUGUAUGUUGGACUAGUAAAAGGAAUUAACGAAAUCAUUGUACUCUUUAACUGAGCAAGUCUCUCAACUGUACUAUAUUUUUAUAUUAUAUAUAUUCCUUUUCAAUUAGCAUAUGCUAUUUAUUAUGAAGAUUACAGCUGUAAUGGACAUUUAUUGCAAUUAUUAUUAUUUAUCUUUAUUCAUUAAUGUUAUUGUCAAAAUUUGCUGUAUUGUAUGAGUCUACAGGAAUUUACGGAAA